CCCUCUUCCAACUUCUCUCCUCAACCCCCUCGAACACCACACGUGACACGCUGCCCACUUGCGCUAUUCAGCUUGAAACAUGUAUACCUCCAUCUGCCUUCCAUUCUUUUCACUUUUUUUUACACUUGCGACCGCUCAAAACUUGGGACAUCCUUCCAAUGGAGAACUUCCACUACGCCCCAUAUCAUUCUCCUCACCUUCUCAACAUCCCAUCUUACAACCACCCAACGAUCUCUCACCCAGCAGUGGGAUAAUCAACGUGCCCUUUUGUACUCUCGAUGAGCCGAUCCGGGCAAUCCCCGUCACCUUCUCCAUCUCAUCACAAGUCUGUGGGCCUCUGCUUCCGAACAUCCCAUAUAUAAUCGCAGACCUCUCUGAACGGCUUCUUGAGGAACACAUCAACGGAAUCUCGUUCCUGUCCUCGACUGAUGCGCAAACGCUUUCGCCUCCAAUCUAUCUUGGAGCUAACAUUACGGAGCAACUCUAUCGCUUAAGUUCUCACCCCUCGAGGCUGGUGUGAGUGGUAUAGGGAACCCAAGAUGGCGGUGGGUUGUAGGACUGUUAGAGAAGAGCAUAUUGCAGUUGGAUAGAGAAGCGAAGAAGAGGGCUGGUACGGGUUUGGGGAGUGUGUUGAUGCUUGAGACUGAGCUGGAGCAGAUCCAAGUGCUUGCUGAGUGGAUGAUAUGGAGAGUUGUUGACGGACUAGAAGUCAU